AUGGGCACAUGUCGCAACCCUGAAUCAUCAUUCCGGCAUACGCUCCAACCCUCUCCCCAGGAAGGGUCCUGGUCUACAUGGACGCACCCCUCGGUCCAAUCCAUUUUCCAAAAACGAACAACCAAGUCCCUGCCGCCUUGGACCGAGGCAUUCUCCCUUGUGAGCGAGUUUUUCAGCCACGAACAUCAAGCUUUCUCCUGCUUCCACCCACCCGCCUUCAUGGCUCUUUUAGGACAACAGUAUUCUGGGAGCCCGCCCGAAAGCCCGGCCUGGUGGGCUUCGCUCAACGCCGUGCUGGCAAUUGCGCAGCGUCGCCGUGUGGAAAAGGCCCAGGAACCUUCAGCCGAUGAGGACUUGGCCUGGUGUUACGCCGCAAACGCGCUGGGAACAACCUUGGAUGUUCUUAUGCGCAACACUCAGUUGCUGUCUGUCCAGGCCCUCUUGAGUAUUGCCUGGUUUUUUAUCGGAACUCCAAACCCACAACCCGCCUUCAUGUUGAUAGGUAGUGCCUUACGCCUAGCCCAUUCCAUCGGACUUCACAUGACCAACUACGAUUCAUCUUGGGGUGCCAUCGAGUACGGAAUGAGGAGAAGAGUUUUCUGGAUUGCCACGAGUCUGGAUCGAGAGCUUUGUCUCCGGACAGGGAGACCUCCAGCCCAUGAUUUGCAUGAUUUCCACGUCGACGCACCAAGUGAUCCCCUCGACGACUCGGAGAUGAUUACCACCACGGCUGGCUCGAGAUUGAACCUUUUCCAAGCCCAAGUGCAGCUGGCCGUUGUCCAGGGUUGCAUCUACCGACUCCUUCAUUCCAGCGAGCCUUCGGCAACCGACACAGGCCGCAUCACUGACUCGGUUGCAAGGCUCAACCAACAGUUAGACGAAUGGUGGGCCAAAUUUGCCCCCGUCUUCCACCCGGCUCAAGCUCUCCAGGAUCUCGAACAUCAUGGACUGUUGCGAUCGUACUACUCCUACUAUAACUGCGUCAUAGUAGUCAACCGCGCACACGGUCGCCAAUACUGGACGCCGCUGAAUCAUCCGGCCACCCCCGUAGAUCUGUCCACCGGCGUAAGGGCCUCCAUCCAGCGGUGUCUGAAGGCGGCUCGAUCCAUUGUGGCCUUGAACCAUGCAAUACCUCGCAAGUGGAAAAGCUUCUACUGGUAG